ACCAUAGCCGAACGCAGCCCAGCAGUCCAUGGUCACAUGCUAGUCAAGCUGGAUCAGCUGACAUCACCUCGCUUCUGCUUUUGAUGCUCUUCCUCUUCCAUCGACUGGUUUGAUCGCCGGAUAGAUGCUGUUAGAGUGGAUGAUGAACGGACACGCCAUUCUCUAUACGGGGGUCACUUUGGCCUUCUGGAGUACUAUACUAAUCGUCGGCAUCUGUUAUACCAUAUUUGACCUUGGAUUCCGCUUUGAUGUGGCAUGGUUCCUGACAGAGACUUCCCCUUUCAUGUGGGCCAAUCUGGGCAUUGGUUUGGCCAUCUCUCUGUCUGUAGUGGGGGCUGCCUGGGGGAUCUACGUCACUGGUUCUAGCAUCAUUGGUGGGGGUGUCAAGGCUCCACGAAUCAAAACCAAAAAUUUGGUCAGUAUUAUCUUCUGCGAAGCUGUUGCCAUUUAUGGGAUCAUCAUGGCGAUUGUCAUCAGCAACAUGGCCGAGAACUUCAGUGGGACAACCCCAGAGACCAUUGGAGCACGAAAUUACCAAGCUGGUUAUUCCAUGUUUGGAGCUGGUCUGACUGUGGGCUUUUCCAACCUUUUCUGUGGCAUCUGUGUCGGGAUUGUGGGCAGCGGAGCAGCUUUGGCAGAUGCCCAGAAUCCCAGCCUCUUUGUUAAGAUCCUCAUUGUGGAAAUCUUUGGCAGUGCGAUUGGCCUGUUCGGCGUCAUUGUAGCCAUUUUGCAGACAUCAAAAGUAAAGAUGGGUGACUAGAAGUUUCAUUCACACGCUGAGAAAAGAGUAAACUGCAGGAUAAAUGAGAUGGCUUAUGUAAAUACAUAGUAAAUUAUUUAAAUGUCUAUUUGACUGGUAUUAUUUUUAACCAUCGUUCAUCCAAGAGUGGGUCAUGCUUGUACUGUUGUGUCUUGAGGGAAACAAAAAUUCUAAAUAAGGAACUAAAGAAAAGGUGAAAGUGCAUUUUGCCCCCUUUCUUUAUUCAUUGGAAAAUGUCAAUGGUAAACUUGACAACAGUUUAGCUUGAUGAGCAGUAGAAAUAUCUGAUGAGCUGCUAGGAUGCUGUGCUUGCAGCCAGGUUGGCACAUUUUUAUUACAAUUUUUUUGAUCCCUCUUGGUGAAUGGUAGUUGAAAAUCACACUGGAGUAUUUGAAAAUAUUGUGUGCGUGUGUGUGCACAUAUGUGUGUAUGUAUGCUGGACAUGUGAUUUUUGUUUUUUUUUCUUCUCAUGAAGCAUGGGGAUCUUUGUGGUGUUUCUAGCCUGGUCUGUCAAUUUUUGUUUUCUAUCUGCUAAUUAGCAAGCAGUCCUUAUUCCACAUAUUGGCUCACAUACAGUGUUCAUCAGGCCUCGUGAUGGUAAAGAAGAAUUGAUCAAAUUUUGACUGAAAGUAUUGAUCUAAAAAUAAUCACAAAGUAGUUGAGCAUGCUAUUUGAGAGGCCUACUUAAGUCUUAUUAGAACAACAGAUUUUCAUCCUGUUUUUCCCCCUCUGUUUCCCAAUGUGUUAAGAUGUCUACAUUUGAUACACUCAAACCUCUAUCUGGUUGAGUUUGUUUUUUUUUUUUUUUGUUUUUUUUUAUCCAAAUUGUGAUUUUUUUUUUGUUUUUUUUUGUUUUUUUUUGUUUUUUUUUGCUUUAAAGACAUUAGGUUUCAAGGAAACAAACAUGGCAUCGCAUGGAACUAAAAUAUCAAAGCCACUGCCUUUAUCAACCUUAUACCUUCAUAGAUGAGAAAGGAGAAGUAAAUUUUCUCCAAAGUACACUUUAUAGUAACGUCUGUACUGUCUCAUUGAGGUGGCUCACUGGGGACAAAAAUUGUAUGGAUGUGGUGGUCCAGUGACCUGGAUUUUAAGCAAUCUCAGCUGGUCUGCUGUAGCCUACUCCAUUACAUAAUCUACUUGAUGCACUCAGAAUUUUAAUAUCCCUAUGAAUCUU